AUGUCUGGUCAACUCAGCAAUGCCGACAGUCAUAAACCGCUCAUAGGGCUUGAAACUGAAGAGUCCAAGUCGGCAACUGCGCCCAAGAAGAAGUCACUCUAUCAACGUACGCAAGACAGAAACUGGGCUGAAAUUUCAGAGGAAGAGUUCCAAAAGUACACAGGAAUGAAUAAGGCUGAUGUGCUGGGUUGA